AGCCACCGCUGCCACGAUUUGAGCUUGCACUUACUGAAUCAUUCCGCACCGCUGUUUGUUAGCAUGCUACUCUGUCUCCUGUUGCUUUACAACUAAAAUAAUACGCUCGGGCGGCUGUACGUAUGUUUCCUUAUGUUAUUUUACGCCUUAAGUAGAUUUUGACUUUACCUGUUUCGGGAUUAAACGCUCACCAGCUUUAGUUAUGUGGGUUAGCUAGCUGUUAUUACAUCUCGGCAGCUAACGUUAGCGAAGACAACACAAUAACGUGAACCUGAGGUGACUACCACUGUAUCCUGAUGAACAUCAUGGAGGACUACGACACGUUCGUGCAGCGUCGUUUCUCCCUCCUGAGGAGAAGUGAGGAGGAGGAGGAACACAGCAGACUUUCAUCUGCAUCAUCUCUCAUCCGUGUCCAUGGAAGACCCAUCCUUCCUCCUCUGCUCUUAGGAGAGCGGAGAGCGGAGAUGCAGAAACACAGAGAGGCAGCACAGAAAGCUUCUGCCCACAGGAAGUUGAAGGCUGAUCCAAGAAUGGACUACGUGCAAACUAUUCUACACAGUGUUCAGCUGAGGACGACACCAACAAUGGAGGAGUUGCUUCAGGAGUCGGAGAUUAACAUCAAAUCUUUGUAUUCCCAGAAUACCAGUGGUGGAUCAGCGUCACAGUCUCAUUUUUUCAAUGAAACAACAAAGGAUACUCCGUCACUCUCGCCACCCACUGUAAGGAAAAGAGAGGAUGGACUUUCUCCUCCUCAGUUGGCAUCAACAGUGUCUAGUGCCUUUCUCAUUUCCCACGUGACACCUCAGGGAAGUGACAAUGAAAGUUGCCUUGCUGACCAACAUGACAGCCAACAGGGACCACAGCAAAGUUCUCCCAAUGGUGCGAUUCACGAGUCGGUAUCCUCAGGCUACGUGACCCAUGAAAAUGUCGAAAACACUGUCUUUGGGUCUGGAAUGAUUGAUGCAGGGAGCGGGAUCUGUGGCUUUAGGUCCUCAGAGGGAGCCUACAGUAUGGAUGGCUUUUUCCUUCAAAGCACCUCAAACACAGUCACCAAGAUGCCAGAAAUUAUUAGCCACCCUCCCAUAGAUGGAGAAGAACUAGAGAGGAGUGGACUGGAGAUAUCCCUUUGCAACACGUUCAAUGCAGAACAAGACAUUUGUUGCAACUCAUUCCAGGAUGAUUCAGUCACAUGUGACAGUUUAACAGCUGACACAUCUGAAAGCACAGUGAGUGGAGAUGACGUUCAGUCGACUGGAAAACAUGACCCUGACAGAGAUCACUUUUUGGACAGAGCUGAGGACCUAGUUGCUUUAUUAGAACAUAAUCCAGAAUUAUCUGACACAUUAAGCACUCAUUGCAAUCCAGUAGCACAACUACAUACCGAGCAUGAACCAGCAGACAGUAGUGUAGAUGAAGCAAAACCAUCUGAGAAGCCAUAUCAUACGAGCCUCCAGGCCUUGCUGAAGAAAUCUCAGGAGUAUCGUCGGCACCAGCGGAUGCUUAGGAACCAAGCCAAAAACACUAAAGUUCAGAAGAGGAAUCAAGAGCCAAAAACAAGGCCAGAGGAGCAGAGCCUCUCCGAUAAGGAGAAUGAGGAGUCCACCUGUAAGGUGACUGUGACUCCAAAGGAGAAGAAGACAAGAAUGAUUGAGAGUGACUUCACUGGGGAAAUAACUGAUGUCAUAUCUGAAAGCAAACAUUUAACAGGAGAUCGUAAUACUAAGGAAAUUACUAAAGUUGAGGAGGAAGAAAUAACUUUAAAAAAUAAUAAGCUAAACAAUACACAAGAGGUCUUAAAAGGACCUGAGCAAAUCAGCGCCAUCAUCCAGCAACAACCUGUGGCGACAAAAGUCUCCCCAGUCCAGGAAGCCUUUUACUUACCCACUGAGCAGAGUAACCUCUUACCCGGAUAUAUUUUUCAAAGAGUAAGGAAAAGGUACACAAUCCCAGCCCCUCAUUUCUGUACGAGUCUAGUUCCUUCCAAAUACAGAGUAGCUAUCAAAAAUGGAGAACCUGUUGAUGGGGCAGAGGGGAAAGUUGUGGGCAAUACUUUCUUGCAUGAAGACCAAUGUGAUGAGCUUGAGAGAAACCUGGGACAUCAAAACAGACACACAGCAGUUCCCACAACUGUGAAUCUGAUGGUUCCAGGGGCUUACGUCAACAGCUCAGAGCACAUAGACCAGCUUGAGUCAAACCUGUCCAGUCUGAAAGUACUGAUCUCAGAUCUGGAGUCCACAGUGAAAGAAAACCUGGAGAAUCACAGCCAGACUGAGAGCACCACGGAGAGUGAGUUCAGUUUUAAAUGUGUCGAGCAUUCUGAGCAAGGUAGAAAUGACCAACAUGCGCAGCUAUCUCAAAAUGAUUGGGACGCUUUUGAGGACAAUCUGGGGGGUGCCGAUUUUGAUAGCAGCGACUCAGAAUACAGGGAUCUACCAAGAAGACAAUCAAUAGACAAUAACAAGAACAGUAAGGAAGAUACAGGAUCCGAACCAAUCUUCAGUGACGCAGAUGAUUUCUCUGUCACCGUGCUGGGAGAAGGAGAUGAAACAGUUAAUUCAAGAGAUAUCAGGCUCGUUAAAACCUUAGUUACAGAGAGAGUAAAGGAAAAAAGAACGGAUAGAGAAAAACUCGCAGUGGCUUAUGGAUUGCAUGGCAGCAGUCAAAUGCAGCAGGGUGUCCUGUCUGCUGCACAGCGGAUGAGUAUUUCCGAUUACCUCAGAAACAUUCCAUCAGAAAUCCUGGUUUCAUGUAACGCCUCAGUGCUUUCGGAUACCAGUAACCAACCAGUGGAGAGGAGGAAUGAAAUGGCGGUGGAAGGGCUUAACUCUUCUAAGUCGCCUUCCCUCAACCAGUCAUAUGAUGUGGACACGCCAUCUGAUCUGUGGCUCCUCGACGGGUCAGGAUCUGACUCGGGCUCAAAAAGUGGUCUCGCUGGAGGAAAACACAUGACCCCAGAGUGCGGGGCUGAAGGUCAGGGAAGGUUAGCCAAGGUCAAACGCAAACUGCUCAUGCAAACAGCAGAAGAGACCCGGGGAAGGAGUCCAGAUACCAACCGAGGAGGAGACAGUGUGGUCCGACCCAGGUCCAGUACUCCCAGAGGGAGUGGAGUGUCAUCAUCUGCCGUGCUGUGGUGCAAUGGCCAUGGAAGUCAAAAGAAGCACGAGCAGUUGAAACAGGUCCAUGCUGCUCAGAUCCGAGCCCUGCAACAUGAACACCGGCGACAACAGCAAGAACUACUACAGGCAUUAGCUGCGCGUUACCAUCUCCUCCAGAGCGUGUCCUUACCCUGCUCCGUGUCAGCCUCACGUCUCUGGGACACGCUGACCUUUUCUACCCUCUCUCAGCCUUCCAGCUCACAGUCAGAGCACUACCGCCAUCUGCUGUUAGCGGCUGUGAAAGGUUAUCUGACGCGCAGACUGCUGAGGACGGAGAAAGUGGCACAGCUGGUGCGCACCAUCAGGGACACGCGGCAGUUCCUGCUUGCCUUCCAGCUGCAGAACCCCAACAGAGGAGAAUCGUUUCGCAGACAGGACCUUUUACUGCAGGAGAGAGUUACUCUGCAGCUGCGCGCUGCACUUUAUGGGGUCCACGACAUAUUCUUCGUCCUGUCAGCCGGAGAGAGGAUGCAGUACAUCAGCUUGGACAGAGGCCUCACCAGAGAGCGAGAGCUGAGACGACAGAGUGAAGACACAGUCCAACCCAGACAGCUGAGUUUUCUGUCAGCUGCUACACAAAAAGCACUGGAGAGGAAGAGAGGAGUGAUGUUCCAGAAGAAGGGAGCGGAGAGGCCCAGGCACGUUGUGAAGAAUCCUGGACACAGGACUGGAAUCUCUGCCGAGCAGCCGCAGAAAACCAAGCGAGGACAGUUCAGAGCAAAUCCUCUGAGGGUCCCCAAGAGCGCUCUCUCCGCUAGACCCCGAUGACACUGUCCUAAUUGGCCCCAGUGAAGACUCCUAAUAAGGCCUCUAGUGAUCACAUGAAUAUUGUAGAACGAAUCUUCUGAGAGUUUCCAAACCCCAAAUCCCAAAUCCCAAAUUUAACACAAAGCGAUGCCUGUUGCUGGCCAAUGUAUUUUUGUAUUUCAUAUCUAAAGUGCCAGAGAGUAUGUUUUUUACCCUUCUCCACCAGCGUAUAUGAUAUUUUACUGACUAGAGUUGCACUCAGAGUAAUUUCUCAUCGAUUGGGUGCUCUGAGGUGGGGAUAAAAUAUCACUGCAGCCGCUCCGUCUGCAGCAGAAACUCUUAACCAGGCCUUUUUAGCAGCUUCAUUGUGCUCAACUUGAAGAUGCUACUGGGGGAAAAGUGUCAUUAGCAAAAAGACUUGAACGCCUUUUAAAGCACUGCACCUGAUAGAUGAUGCACAAAGGAAAUGCACAGGUUUAAUGAAUAAAGUUCAUGAUGGCUUCAUUCUAGAAAGACAGAGGCCCAGCUAUAAGGUAGAUUUUGGGUGGUUGGUAGGCAGGAAAAAUGUAAUUAUCCAACACAGGAUUCGUUUUUUAUUUAUAUUGCCAAUCAAUGCAAGUGAGGAGGCGAAUAAAACACUCGCUUCCUGUGGCGAGGAAAAUCUCAGAGUUCAACUCCAGUGAACUUUGAGCUGCAAUAUUCAUUCUGCAUUUGAGUAUGUGUGGCUGUGCCCAGGAACAUUUUAUUAUCCAGUGUGUGUGUUUGUGCCUUGUUAAUAACCACAUAGAAGAGACUGUCUCCAGGUGUAUUGGCAUAUGCUUAGUGCGAUGUUUACAAUAUUUUUGAUCCUCCAGUUGUUACUACCUAGCUACAGAUGUUAGUGAAGAUUGAUGCUAGGACUUUAAUAGUGUGUUACAGCUAAGUGUUGCCUUAAAUAUUUGUCCUAGCAUAUUGGGAUCACACAUCAGCCAAAACAGACACUGUAUUGGUUUUGGAGCUGUUUUAUAUGCUACUUAAUAUUUAUUUUUGUAUAAUUGACAAUAAAUAUUUCAUAACUUUUUAA